CGGAAUUGGUGCUCUACUACAUAUAUACGUACCAGGUCAACAUGGCCGUCAAGAAGCUAUCGUACUUUGACAAAUUGCCUCUGCCACCCAAAUACUUCAAAUGUCCUCCAUUGUCCCCCGACGAAAACAAGCACCUCCUCUUUCUAGCCGACAGCAUGUGCAUGGAUGUUGUGGAUUACGCCACAAUCGAUGGCACUGGGCCGCUUGAAUGGACGGUGGAAGCCAACGACUGUGACUUGGUCACGUACAAGGCGACCGAUCCAAACGCCCCUCCUGGCACUCGAUCGUGGCUGUGGACUACUCAGGUGCAAGGAACGUUAGCCGAAGUGGCAGAUAUGUUCAACCCUGCCGGGCUGGACGACCCCGCCGCCUACCGGGAACACUGCCACGCGUUCCACAUGGAGGCGCUGGAUGGGGUUCGAUUGUAUUGCUUGGAAUCUCCUCCUCAAGGGGACACCGUCGGGGGGCAGUACGUGGGGGUCCACUGGACCGUGAACGAACUCCCCGGACUCAUCAAGAACAAGGACGUGUGCUUUGUCAAGAACCGCGACUGGUGCUUUUUAGAGUCCCAUGCCCCGAUUGUGCUGGGCGACGGCCGCCGCGGGUGGGUGCGCGCGCUGUCGUCGGUGGAGCUGCACUGUUGUCCAGAUUUGAAACCAUCCCUCGGUUUUGUGCGCGCCAACUACCACCGGUCCGGCUUCGUGUUUGCCGAGAGCCGCGACUUCCCUGGGUACUUGGACGUGACGCAGCUGCAACAGAUCGACUUUCGAGGCACCCUGACCGACUUGUUUGCGUCCAUCGAAGUGGCGGCUCGGAAGCGGGACAUGCGAGACGUAGACCACAAGCUACGAGCCCACCGGCUGAGCCAGGUGACGUUCUUGGCCGAGCACCAGCUCGUGACGUGGCAGUCCCGCAGCAAGUGCCACGUAUGUCGCACCAAAUUCGGAUUGUUGUUGGUGCACAAACAUCGGUGUCGAAAGUGUGGCGAAGUCGUGUGCGCCAGAUGUAGCAAGGUGUGGGCGAUCAAGGUCGCGAGCAUCCACUCCAACGUCCGCGUGUGUUCUCCGUGCGCCGUGUCCUUAAAGUACAUCGCGCCGUCGUCGUCGUCAUCGCUCGCGUCGCGCGGGGUGCUUCGCCGGGGAACGAGUACCUUUGCAGCGCUUACGCCCCGACAGUCGAGCGACAUGGACGAGACGGCGUCCAUGACGUCAAGAGCGUCUGAGGUGUCGAGUGUGUCGGGCGCGAGGCUGCGAACGACCCCCCGAACGCCCCAUGAGACCCACACCCCACAAGCAGCGACGCCCCAAGCAACGCCACGCCGAAGGCGACGGGUACAGGACAUAAUACCACCAGUGCCCACGUGGCCCCGCAGUAUUGGCGAGUGUAGUCGGGGUGACGAGGUUGAAGAGGACGACGAUGGGUUUUCGAGGUACAGCGACACGACGAUUGGAGGAGGUGGAGGGGCGAAGGACGGCGCGGUGUACGCAACUUCACCCCCCUCUUCGACGAUGUCACAUCACCACGACAUGAUCAAGGUCGACUUUAGUCAGUGGUCCGAGUUUUCGACCAUGGUGGCGUAAAUAUAAAUACACCACAUUGUACA